CGUGCACUGUCCCGCACUGAGAAACGAGAAGCGCUGGAGAGAGCGCACUGUGCCUUAUAUAUAGACUAUCUUUGGGAACUCUGAACGCGGUUUCCACCGCGCACACAAUUGGUCUAGGAGCCGUAUUUAUUAAGUAGGAGGCGCUCCUGCCGGGCAAACUUUGUUCAUGACUGUGGAAGUUCACUCGAGGAAAAAGCGCGCAGAAGUUUGACAUCUCUUCAGGAGCAAGUGCAUUAAUACUGAAUACACACCGAGCACGCGUGGACAUGGCUUUACCUUGCCUUUUGCCUUCGAUUUCAACGUUUGCAAACCAGAAGGAGAAGCUCUGGGAGGAUAGAUGGAAGAUUGAGGAGCACAAACCACUGAACGCCAGCUGCCCUCCGCUCAACGUGGCACUGAACACAGACACUUGUCGAGGCCGUAAGGAUGACGAGGAUCUCAGCAAUUAUUUAGACCUGGAGUUUAUCCUGGCCAACACCACGGGCCCUCUGGAGGCCGGAGCCGAGUUCAUCUCCCACUCCGAGCCAUGCGGCAUGUACUCCACUGCAGUUUACUCAUCUCCAGAAGCACCUCCACCAUACGGCCUCAUGGCAGAGCUCCUGCGAUCUGAUGUAGACUCCACGUAUGACACCACAGUGCAGGGGAGAUUCCUGCUCAACUCCAGCGGCUUCCCCAGACAGGAGUUUCCUGAAAUCAAAGUGGAGCCGCCGAUGGAUGGCUACGGUCCGGUGAUAGGCAUGGUGCCACAAACCUGCCAAAAAAUCAAGCAGGAAGGCAACGUUUCAUGCAUGAUGUCUUUCGAGCAGCCCAGACUAGCAGUUUCUCCGCAGGCCACCGGGAAUAUGACUCCUCCGCUGAGUCCUGACGACUCCCACCUCCGUCAAACGACAUAUACACAGAGCUACCAUCACUCUCCUCCGGCGUAUCCGCAGGUGCCAAUGCAGUUCACCGCGCCACACCAGUUUGCCAUGUAUGAGGAGGCAAUGGGGAUGCAACCCAGCAUGCAGCGGGCUCUUCUCACUCCUCCGUCCUCUCCGUUAGAGCUAAUGGAGUCUAAACCCAAGCGAGGGCGACGCACCUGGCCGAGGAAGCGCAUGGCGACACAUACAUGCACAUACGCCGGCUGCGGGAAGACGUACACCAAAAGCUCCCAUUUAAAAGCGCAUCACCGCACUCACACCGGUGAAAAACCAUACCACUGCAACUGGGAGGGAUGCGGAUGGAAGUUCGCCCGUUCUGACGAGCUGACGCGUCACUUCCGUAAACACACGGGCCACCGGCCGUUCCAGUGCCACCUGUGUGAACGUGCCUUCUCCCGCUCCGACCACCUGGCGCUGCACAUGAAGAGACACCUGUGAGGGCCGGAUCCACCACAACUGCCUUAUUUAAUGACUCUUAUUAUAUAUAUAUCAUCAUACUUUUAUAACAAAGUAGCUGGUACUACAUAGAUCACGCAGAGCUCUUUUUAAGGCCUUUUUUUGGGGUUAAAAAGCAUCCUGAAAGGCUGGUCCUACGAAUCGGUGUCCAAUCCGGAGACUGUUAUGUUGAAUUAACGAUGCCACAACGAGUGCAAAGCCUGACGACUAGCAAACCAAAGUGGAAAAUGCACAACGAUGUUGACAAUGUUUUGCUCGAAACUGCCAUGCAACAAAUGUGUUUCAUUUUUACCAGGGCUGGGAGGAUAAAAUCAUUAUUGUGAAUCAAGAAAUGAUUCCUACAUUUUCUGAAUGCAUUGCGAUUUCCUUUUGAAUCGAUUUGAAGCUUAGUUUUUACCACCAGAGGGCACUGUAUGCUUUACACAUACAAUUUAAAUGUAAAACAAUUAUUAAUACAAACAUUUGUACAUAAACUAGCCUAGACCUCUGUUAAAAGUUAACCUAUAGUGCGUCUGCUGUUAAAAACUAGCCUAGAGCGCCCUCUAGUGUUAAAAACUAGCCUAGAGUACUGUCUGGUGUUUACAAACUAGUCUAGAGCUUCAUCUACUGUUCAAACCUAGCCUAGACCUCUGUUAAAGAUUAACCUAUAGUGCAUCUGCUGUUAAAAACUAGCAUAGAGCUGCCUCUGGUGUUAAAAACUAGCCUCGAGUGUCAUCUGCUGUUUGAAAACUAGCCUAGAGUGCAUUCUUCUGCUCAAAACUAGCCUUGACCUCUGUUAAAAUUAGCCUAUAGUGCGUCUGCUGUUAAAAACUAGCCUAGAGCGCCAUUUGGUGUUAAAAACUAGCCUAGAGCGCCCUCUGCUGCUCAAAACUAACCUAAACCUCUGUUAAAAAUUAGCCUAUAUAGUGUCUGGUGUUAAACACUAGUCUAGACUGCCCUCUGAUGUUAAAAAAAACUAGCCUAGAGUGCCUUUUGUUGCUUAAAACUAGCCUAGACCUCAGUUUAAAAAUUAGCCUACAGUGCAUCUGCUGAUAAAAACUAGCCUAGAGCGCUCUCAGGUGUUAAAAACUAGCCUAGAGUGCUGUCUGCUUCUCAAAAACUAGUCUAGACUUGAUUCCUUUGCUUAAAACUAGCCUAGACCUCUGUUAAAAAAUUAGCCUAUAGUGCGUCUGCUGUUACAAACUAGCCCAGAACAUCCUCUGGUGUUAAAUAACUAGCCUAGAGCACCAUCUGUUGCUCAGAACUAACCUAGACCUCUGUUAAAAAUUAGCCUUUAUUGCGUCUCCGGUUAAAAACUAGCCUAGAGCGCCCUCUAGUGUUAAAAACUAGUCUAGAGCGCCCUCUGCUGCACAAAAUUAGCCUAAACCUAUGUUAAAAUUAGACAAGAGUGCGUUUGCUGGUAAAAACUAGCAAAGAGCGCCCUCUGGUGUUAAAAUCUAGCCUAGAGCACACUGUGGUGUUAAAAACUAGCCUAGAGCGCCUUCUGCUGCUCAAAACUAGCCUAGAUUUCUGUUAAAAAUUAGCCAAGAGCGCCGUUUGCAGUUCAAAACUAGCCUAGAUUGCUGUUAAACAUUAGUCUAGAUCCCAUAUGCUGUUAUAAACUCACCUAGAGCGCCAUCUGCUGUCAAAAAACUCACCUAGAGCGCCAUCUGCUGUUAAAAACGGAUCUUAGAAUUGAUUCCAGAGAGAAUCGGGACGCAGUUAAAAAUCUAACAAUCGAUUCAUGAAUAACAAUACAAUGAUUUAUCAAUUCCAGCCCUAAUUUUUUACAUAUUUCUUUCCAAAUGUUGGUAACGCUUUACAAUAAUGCUGCAUUUAGUAAAUGCAUUGAGCAAAAAAAGUGUGUAAUUUAGGUGCAUUGGAUCACACCAACAGAUGCAACUUUUGUAAGUGUUAAAGGGACGGCUCACUCCAAAACUGAAGAUGACCUCCAUUGACUUUCAUAGUAAUUGUUUUUUAUCCUAUGGAAGUCAGUGGAGACCAUCAAGUAGCAUUCUUCAAAAUAUCUUCUGUAGUGUUUAACAGAUGAAAAGAGUGAGUGAAUGAUGACAGAUGUAAUUCCUUGUGUGAACUAUCCCUUUAACGCAUGUUCCCUAUUGUAAAACAUUCCUCAAACGGCGGCACAUUCAGUGUCCUCUUGUUCAAUAGCACCGGAUGCGCUGGGUCUUGAAGUCCUGGGUCUUUUUUUAUAUGAUUGUGUACAUACAUUUUAUAUUGUAAGUACUGUAUUUAUUGUAAAUAUUAAACUAAAUUUGAAUAUAAA